UUCAUUAUUGGUAAGCAGUAGCACAUACCUUAGGCUUCCUUCGUCUUAAGCAACAACUUCUCCUACCUUUCCGUUGUUCAUCUCGAUUGUGAUUGAAAGACACUGUUCAAUCUUGUCAUCAAUCAAGAUGUCAAAUCCACAAGCAGCUAGAGCAGCACUUGAAAAAGUAUUUCAAAGCUUUAAAGAUCAAGCAAGAAGAGGUGCACGUCAAGCUGGAAAUGGAGGAGGCGGCGGCGGUAGUAGCGGUGGUGCAGGACCUAAUCCACCAAAUCUACGAGGACUAUUAGGUGGUGGUGCAGGACUGUUCUUAUUGGUCGGGGGUGGUUUUGCAAUCAAUUCAAGUUUGUUCAACGUUGAUGGUGGACAUCGUGCAAUCAAAUAUUCUCGACUUGUUGGUGUUAAGCCAGAGAUUUACAACGAAGGUACACAUUUCCUCAUCCCUGGUCUCGAAUUAGCAGUCGAUUACGAUGUUCGUGCCAAGCCUCGCAGUAUCGCCAGUCUAACAGGAACAAAGGAUUUGCAAAUGGUCAAUAUCACUUGUCGUGUUUUAUCAAGACCAAUGGCCGAGCAAUUACCAACAAUUUAUCGUGAAUUAGGAACAGAUUAUGAUGAAAGAGUUUUGCCAAGUAUCGUCAAUGAAGUUCUCAAAUCAGUCGUUGCUCAAUUCAAUGCAUCACAGUUGAUCACACAACGUGAAAUGGUUUCCAGACUAGUGCGGGACAAUUUGACAAUUCGUGCAAGAAGGUUUAAUUUGGCAUUGGAUGAUGUCUCUUUGACACAUGUUGCCUUCUCGCCAGAAUUCACAAACGCUGUUGAAGCAAAGCAAAUCGCACAACAAACAGCUUUACGUGCCGCCUUCUUGGUCGAUAAGGCUUUGCAAGAGAAACAAGAAACAAUCGUUCGUGCUCAAGGUGAAGCUCGUAGUGCAGAAUUGAUUGGUGAAGCAGUUAAACGUAACAAGGGCUUCUUGAAAUUGCGUAAAUUGGAAGCAGCAAGAGAUAUUGCUACCGUUUUGAGUAACAGUAAUAACAGAAUUAUGCUUGAUGCUCAAAGCUUGUUGCUCAAUGUUGCAGAUGAAGAUCCAGACGCCAGACGCAAUCAAAAAUGAUCAACCAAAGCUCAUGGAAAUGCUCUCGCCAUCACUUUCCCAACCCUGACGGCUUUCCGUCCCUGAUCCGUCAAUAUGUACAGUGUAAAGUUAUCAAGAUCUCUCUUAAGAUCAACAAGCAAGCCACCCCUCUAUGCUAAUUCGGC